AUGGCGCCUGGAAAAGCUAAGGCCCAAAAGAUGUCCGUUGGGGACUUCUUGGCCGACGAAAGCCUUGGUUCUUGGGCUGACGAGAUGGACGAUAUGCCCCUCCCAUCCGGCGGCUCUACGUUCACCUCCACCUUUGAUCGCCGCCCUGCUGGUGGUAUGAGCAGCUACGGCGGCGGUGGCAGCACCUUCGAGCGUGAAACCCGCGGCGGAUAUGCCGUGCGCGAGCCCCUUGACCUUCCCACCGAGCCUCCUUAUACCGCUCACAUUGGAAACCUGUCCUUCGAUGCGACUGCCGAUGAUAUCUCUGAACUCUUCUCCGACUGUGGUGUGACCAACGUCCGUAUUGUGGAGGACAAGAUGACCAAGGCUCCUAAAGGUUUCGGUUACGUCGAGUUCGAGUCCAUCUCAGGCCUUCAGAAGGCUCUCGACCUCUCCGGCACUAGUCUCCAGGGCCGUACCAUUCGCACCAGUGUUGCCGAGCCUCCCAAGGAUGCCCGCCCCGAGGGUCGUGAUUUAGAUUGGAGCCGCCGUGGUCCCCUUGCUCCCCUCCCCGAACGUCGCAUUCCCGAACGCUCCAACUUCGGACGCAACAUGGAUGCCGGUUCGGAUGCUGGAAGCGAGCGCGGUGGUCGCCGCAACAACUUCGAGUCGGAUGGCAAGCCCCGCGACUUCGGCAACUGGGAGCGCAAGGGUCCUCUUUCACCCUCCAGCGGCCCAGUGCGUGAGGGUGGUCGUCCCGCACACAACGACGGUCCUGGCUCCGGCUUCCGUAGAAGUUCCCCUGGCUGGGGUGAGGGACGCUCGCAAGAUGGUUCUCGUCCCCCAAACAACCGUGCUGAGCGGCCCGAGCGCGCUGAGCGCACUCCCACUGCUGCCGAUAUGGACAACCAGUGGCGCGCCAGAAUGCGCCCUGACCAGGCCCCCAAGGAGGCCAGCAACCCUCCUUCUCCCGGCGCCCCUGGCGCUGCCCCCAGUGCCCCUGUUAGCCGACCUAAGUUGAAUCUGGCGAAGCGCACUGUUUCCGAUGCUGCAACCAACGCUGCCGCAGCUGGCGACUCCAAGGCCAGUCCCUUCGGUGCUGCCCGACCUAUCGAUACCGCCGCCCGUGACCGUGCAGUGGAGGAGAAGCGCGAGCUCGCUCUGCGCCAAAAGAAGGAGACUGACGAGAAGGCCAAGACUGAGAAGCAAAAGCAGAGCAAGGACAUCCGUGUGGCUGGCACUGAUUCCAACAAGGAUUCAAUUGAGCCUCCCCGUGGUGGUGGCAACUUUGAGAUCCUCCAGCGGGUCGGUGGAGACGAGAGUGGCGUGACCUCUGAAAAGGAGCCCGAGGUUGCUGCUGCACCGGCUGUCGAGGCUUCCAAGGAGACCACCAAUGGUAACUGGAGAGCCGCUGAGACUGCCCCAGAGACCGUUGAUGAGGACGGUUGGAGCACUGUUGGCGUCAAGCCUCGCAACAACCGCCGGGGUGGACGUGCUUAA